CCAAUCCCCCCCAUGACCGCCCUAGCUUUAGCAGCCCUGUCUCUAUAACAAUUCAAAACGAGUGACCGAACCAACCGACGGCGCCGGACAAAACAAACGCUGAGUUUUAAACCAAAUUCAACUUGAAACGAGCACGUAACGCACUCUGUUCGUUUUUUAAAAUUUUAAGAGCCCCAUCCAGCCGGCGGAAUCAGCUGGUUAGCACAUCGAAAUUGUGUGCGUCUGUGAGAGAGAGCCGUCGCGUCCGUGUGUGUAUGUGCGAGAGCCUUACCAAGGAUACCCCAAGCAGCAUCUGUGAAAAUUGUUAAUAUCUUCCCCGAGCCCCCACGAAAAUGGAUAUCAAUUACUCUGAACUGAAGAAGGAGGCGGCGGCAGCCAGCGAGGAUGUUUUCAACCGGGCCCAGAAGGCCUACGAGGACCUGGGAUUGGCAGGAGACGCUGGCAAUGUUAGUGGCGGCGCCCAGGACGACAAUGCCCACACAGAGCAUUACUUCGCCAACGAGCAAAAGAAACUGGACUUUGGUGACCCACAGGAGUUUGUCCAGCGCAUGUCUGCCGGCGCCAAGGAGGCCCAGGAGCUGCUGGAGGCCAAGUUCGCCAAGAAGGCGGAUGACUUUGACGAUUUCCUGAGCGAUGCCAGCAAGGAUGUAAAGCAGAGCAUUGGCGGCCUAACCACUGACUUCAUGAACGCCGAGAGGGGACUGUUCUCAGCUCCUCUAGCUCAGUUUUCAGAAACCGCUGCAGCUCCAGCUCCCGUGGAAGCUUCUGCUCCGGCACUAGAAAAAGCUGCAGCUUUUGCUCCAGCCACAGCUCCAGCAUCGGCUCCUGUUGAAGAGGAUCUUUUGGGCAGCUUCAGUGACAAGCCAUCGGCACCGCUCCAAUCCUUCCAGCCCACAUCUAAUUUCUACGAUGACGAUGACGACGAUUUCUCGGGCAAGCCACCUGCCCCGGCUGCCCCUGCUCCCGUUUCCGCUGCUGCUCCGUUUACCGCCAACAAGGACUCUGACACCGAAUCGCCGUCCGUAUCUUACACUCCGUCGCCGGCUAAGAAACCCGUUGUGGAUGCUCUGAAGGAGCAGGACAACGAGAAGUUCAUCUCAUCGGAGGACCUGCUCAGCGAUUUCAAGGAUGAGCGCACAGCCACUCCCCCAGCGGUGGCACCUGUUACAGUGCCAGCUCCAGUUCCGGCAGCUGCUCCUGCUCCGAAGCCCGUACCGGUUCCAGUGGCUGCUCCCGUUUCAGCAGCCGCUUUGGUAACCGAUCUGGAUGAUGACGAGGACUUUAAGCCAAGUGUCCAAACGGCUCCCAAAGCCGAACCGAAACCGGAACCGCCCAAAGCCAAGGAGGAACCGCCCAAGCCGAAGGUGGCUCCGCCCCCAGUGCCAGUCGCUUCGUCGCAGCCGCAGCCAAAGAUUGUGUCGGUGGAGGAGAUCUUCUACAAAUACGGACUAGAUGCCUGGUUCAAGCCCGAACGUUUGCACCCGCAAGUGGAAUCCCUCAUCUACUGGCGCGAUGUGAAAAAAUCCGGCAUUGUUUUCGGCGCCGGACUGAUCACACUUUUGGCCAUUUCCAGCUUCUCGGUGAUCAGCGUGUUCGCCUACUUGUCGCUCCUCACCUUGUUCGGCACGGUGGCAUUCAGAAUCUACAAAUCGGUGACACAGGCCGUUCAAAAGACAAACGAUGGACAUCCCUUCAAGGAAUACUUGGAUCUGGAUCUUACACUGUCGCAGGAGAAGGUCCAGAACAUUGCCGGCGUGGCUGUGGCACAUAUCAAUGGCUUUGUGGCUGAGCUGAGGCGCCUGUUUCUGGUUGAGGAUCUCAUCGACUCGAUCAAGUUUGGUGUCAUUCUGUGGGUCUUCACCUACAUUGGCGCCUGGUUCAAUGGCAUGACUCUGGUUCUCUUGGCCUUCGUCUCGCUGUUUACCUUGCCCAAGGUCUACGAGAACAACAAGCAAUCGAUCGACACCUACUUGGAUUUGGUGCGCAGCAAAUUGACAGAAAUCACCGACAAGAUCCGAGUGGCCAUCCCCAUUGGCAAGAAUAAGCCCGUGGCCGCCGAGUCGGAGAAGGACAAGUAAAACCGCACUAGCUACAGAAACAACAAUAUUAAAACAUGUUUAUUUAUUUAUUAAGCAUUAUUUGAAUGGUUUUAAUAUUCAUCCAGGCAUUAAAUAAAUAACAAAUCUAGCAGCAAUCUUUACAUAUUAACUGUAUAAUUGCAAUCUACAAUACAUGAACCGAUAAUUGUAAAUCAAAUUUAAUGAGAUCUAAUUAAAA